AUGAUCAUGAAGAUAUCUAUGGCCAUGUGCAAACAGCCAUUGCCUCCUUCGCCAGCGUUAGACUUCCCUCCGGCGAGAUUUGGCCCCAACAUGCUAACUCUAAACCCAUACGGUCCAAAGGACAAAGUCGUAGUCAUCAUGGGUGCUACCGGAACAGGCAAGUCACGACUCUCCGUCGAUCUAGCCACACGCUUUCCCGCGGAGAUCAUAAACUCAGACAAGAUCCAAGUCCACCAAGGUCUCGACAUUGUCACCAACAAGAUUACAUCCGAGGAGAGCUGCGGUGUGCCCCACCAUCUCCUCGGCAUCUUGCCGCCUGAAGCCGACUUGACGGCCGCAAAUUUCCGCCACAUGGCGAAUCUCUCAGUUGAGUCCGUUCUUAACCGUGGAAAGCUUCCAAUCAUUGUUGGAGGUUCAAACUCUUACGUGGAGGCUCUAAUCGACGACGAAGACUACAAAUUCAGAUCAAGAUACGACUGCUGUUUCCUAUGGGUCGACGUGGCGCUUCCAGUUUUGCACGGAUUUGUUUCAGAGAGGGUUGAUAAGAUGGUGGAUAAUGGCAUGGUUGAGGAAGUUAGAGAUUUUUUCGACUUUUCGGAUUCUGAUUACUCGACAGGGAUCAAGAAAGCAAUCGGAGUUCCGGAGUUUGAUCGAUUUUUCAGGAAUGAACCAUUCUUAAGCGCGGGAGAGAGAGAAGCGCUGUUGAGUAAAGUGGUUGAAGAAGUAAAGAGGAACACUUUCGGGUUAGCUUGUAGGCAGAGGGAGAAGAUCGAACGUUUGAGAAAGGUGAAGAAAUGGUGCAUUCAGAGAUUGGAUGCGACUCCUGUUUUCACAAAGCGGAGGUCGAGGGUGGAUGCUGACGUGGCGUGGGAGAGACUUGUGGCUGGACCAAGCACUGAUGUUGUCUCUAGGUUUCUGUUGGACAUUGCUAGCCGUCGACCGCUGGCGGAAGCGUCAACCGCGGCUGUAGCAAUUGCGGCGGCCAGGGAACGCGAGAUGUUACGGUGUCUAGUGGCGUGA